AUUCCCAGCCAGCAUUCAACAAGUUGGUGGCCCGAGGCGCCAAAACAGCGCGUCCGGGGCACAAAGAGCCCCGCGCCCAUUGGUCCUCCGCGGAUGCUGUGCCCGAGAGGCAGGGGGCUGCCCGCGGCUGCGCGACUCCUCAGUAGUCCACCGGCCGUCGUCUUGAACGCGACUCCUCGGGCUCAGCUGCUGCGACCGCGAACAGUGGAUCAGAUCGGUUUUCGGGAGAUCGGUUGGGAGGAUUGGCUCGAUGUGGGCUCUUUGCUGUGAUUAUGUGCAGUGUCAUGUGGCGAUUAUUGUGUAGGAGCAUGACCCAUGGAUAUUUAUUACAAUUCUUUCUGCUGCUACUCUACCUGCUACAGCGUGCGCAUGGCUCCGGCUUCUUUGAACUGCAAGUUCUGGAGAUGGCCAACCCUCGAGGGGAACUGUCGAACGGGGAGUGUUGUGGGGGUGGUGCGCGCUCCCCAGUGACCGGACGGUGUUCGGCGUCCUGCAACACCUUCUUCAGGCUCUGUCUGAAGGAGUACCAGAGCAACGUGACCAGCACGGGCUCGUGUUCCUUCGGGAACACCUCCAGUGUGGUCCUGGGACGCGAUUCCUUCACGCUUGCCGAUCCCGAAAGGGGAAAGCUCGUCUUGCCAUUUACCUUCAGAUGGACGAGAUCCUUCACUCUCAUUCUUCAGGCUGUGGACCACAAUAACUUUACAUUACCUGCUACUAACGACAUAAUAGAAGAAGCCACCUAUUCUGGCAUCAUCGACCCGAGCGCGGAAUGGCACACCCUCAACCACAGGGGGCCGAAGGCCCGCCUCACCUACAGGGUGCGGGUCAAAUGUGAUAGUCAUUACUACAAUGCCACCUGCACCAAGUUCUGCAGGCCGAGGGAUGACAAGUUCGGGCAUUAUAUCUGCGACUCGAAUGGGGACAAGGAGUGCAUAGAGGGAUGGAAGGGGGCGACGUGUGAUUUUGCUGUUUGUAAACCAGGCUGUCAUCCCGUCCACGGCAAAUGUGAUAACCCCGGCGAGUGCAAUUGCCGGCCCGGAUGGCGAGGGGACUUCUGCGACCAGUGCGAGCCCUACCCCGGAUGCAAGCACGGGUACUGCAAUGGGUCGUCGUGGCAGUGCAUCUGUGAUACCAACUGGGGAGGAAUCUUAUGCGAUCAAGAUUUAAAUUACUGCGGAACCCAUGAACCGUGUUUAAAUGGGGGCACCUGUGAGAACACGGCCCCGGAUAAUUACUUGUGCACAUGCCCGGAAGGGUUUUCCGGUACCAAUUGCGAAGUCGUGGACAACCCGUGCGCUCCACAACCGUGCCUCCACGGAGGGACUUGUCUGGAAGCCGGAGGCUCCUUCAGCUGCGAGUGCGCCCCGGGAUGGACCGGGACCACGUGUAAUGUCGACAUUGAUGAAUGCGCCUCAGCUCCGUGUCAGAACGGUGGAACGUGCGUCGAUCUGGAGGACUCUUUCAAGUGCGACUGUCCAACAGCGUGGGAAGGAAAUGUCUGCCAGUUCGACGCCGACGAGUGCCUCCGCACCCCGUCCCCGUGCAUCAACGCCAUGUCCUGUGUGAACCUGGUCGGCGACUACCGGUGCAAAUGCCGGGUCGGAUGGACUGGAAAAAACUGCGAUCAGAACAUCAACGAUUGUGUGGGACAAUGCCAACAUGGCGCCACCUGCAUCGAUUUGGUCAACGAUUACCACUGUGCCUGUCAGCCUGGAUACACAGGUCGUGACUGCCGCACUGACAUCGACGACUGCGCCUCCAACCCCUGCAAAAACGGCGGCGAGUGCGUGGACCAAGUCAACGGAUACCGAUGCAUCUGUCCUGUGGGAUUCACCGGCCACGAAUGCGAGAACGACUACAACCACUGCAACCCGGACCCUUGUCAAAACGGAGCUUCUUGCUUCAACACCCAGACCGACUACUACUGCCACUGCCCUGAGGGGUGGCAAGGCAAGAAUUGUAGCCAAAGCAAACUCCUGUGUGACAGCCCGCCAUGUGACGACGGAAUCGAAAGUUGUAUAGUGGUGGCGGUGGGCAGCGGCAGGAACACAGCCCCCAGUAUUUGUGGCGAACACGGCCACUGCGUCAACCUCCCCGGAAUCGGCCACAGGUGUCAAUGCCAGCCCGGAUUUACCGGAAAGUACUGUCAUGAAAACAUCAAUGACUGCAAGGUCAACCCUUGCGAAAAUGGCGGCACCUGCGUGGACAAAAUCAACGCAUUCCAGUGUAUUUGUAAAGAAGGCUGGGAAGGGGCUUUAUGCAACAUCAACACAGACGACUGCAGCCCCAACCCCUGUCGCAACAACGGAACUUGCGUGGACCGAAUCGCCGAUUUUGAAUGCAACUGCAAGAACGGCUGGAAGGGUAAAACGUGUUCUUUGAAAGAUAGCCAUUGUGACCACACCACGUGCAAAAACGGGGGGACGUGCCAGGACCUGGGGAAGACGUUCGUGUGCAGGUGUCCUCCAGACUGGGAAGGGACGACGUGCCACAUCGCCAAACAAACCGCCUGUCGCUCGAACCCGUGCCUCAACGGCGGCACUUGCGUCAACACCGGCGACUACUACCAGUGCAUUUGCAAGGACGGCUUCGAGGGCAACCACUGCCAGGACGACGUCAACGACUGCAUCCCGCAGCCGUGCCAGAACGGCGGCAAGUGCAUCGACGGCGUCAACUGGUUCCUGUGCGAGUGCGCCCCCGGCUUCACCGGCCCCGACUGCAAGAUCAACGUCAACGACUGCGCCUCGAACCCCUGCGGCUACGGCGGGACGUGUCUGGACAGAAUCGACGAUUUCGAUUGCAUCUGCUCGCCCGGAAGGAGCGGAAAGCAGUGCAACGUUCCAGACAACUCCCACCUCCCGUCGCCCGGAAGCUGCACGUGGGAGGGUCACACCCUCGAGAACAACAUCACGUGGCAGCACGAAUGCAACACCUGCUUGUGCAUCAACGGCUUGGUGAAGUGCACCAAGCUCUGGUGCGGCCUGGGGAACUGCCGCAGCAGCGACAGGAUGAACAACUGCAACAACAACCAGGUGUGCGUGCCGUCGCCGUCGGAGUCGUGCUUGUCGCCGCCGUGUCAGCCCUACGGAGAGUGCAGGGACCUGGAGAGCGGGCGCAGGGUGAAGCCGCCGUCGGUGCCCAGCCCCAGCACGUGCUGGCCCAACCAGGCGGUCCUGAGCAACACGUGCGCCAGGCUGACGCUGCUGCUGGACCGGAUGAAGCUGCCGCCGGGGGUGACGGUGGAGAGCCUGUGCGGGGACCUGAGGAGGUUGCUGGCUAACCAGCAGGCGGCCAACGACUUGCAGAACGAAUUGGUGCUGCUGUGCGAUCUCAAGAUCGACUACAAUGAUACCGUCGAAGUCACUCUGUCUGGCCAAGCCGGCGUCCUGGACGGCAUCCGCGUGAUCGGCGAAGCCAUCUCCCGCAAGCAAACCACCGUCCUGGCCCUCACCUCCAUCGUGGAGGUGAAGGUGGAAACCGCCCUCGUCUCCGAGGAGCCCCCCAACAACAAAUACCUAAUCGCCCUCGUGUGCUUCAUAACCCUGGGCCUGGUGGCGGCCGUCGCCGUGGGUCUGCUCUACUUGCGGCAGCGCCGGCGCAACCUCGGCCUCAGCGGCAUGAACCUGUCGCCGUCGUCCGACACCUGCCACCGCAACCACGAGGACGAGAAGUCCAAUAACCUGCAGAACGAGGAGAACCUGCGCAGGUACGCGAAUCCGCUCAAGGACGACGGCGGCAGCAUGGCCAGCAUCAACUCGGCGGGCGCGUGCGGCCUGGACUUGCCCAAGGUGAGCGUGGUCCGGCCGCUCAGCUCCAUGCUGCCGCACGAAACCUCCAGCGAGAUGCUGGAGAUGAUUUCCGAGGUGGACUGCCCGGGCUCGAGGAAGACCAUGCUGGUGGUGCCCGGGACCAGCAACGACAACAACUCCAUGAAGAUCGGGGACGGGAUCAAGCUGGACGGGCUGAGCCCGGCCCACCGCAGCAGCCAGAUCAUGCUGUACAAGGCGCAAAAUCCCGACGUGAGGAAGAACACAGCGGCGUUCGACGAUUCUUCGGGACACAAAGACUUUAGCAAAAGUAUUAUUAAUGUAAAUAAACAGAGGACUUCGCAGAAUACGAGCGGGAGUGCGGAUGUGCUUACAGUGCUUGUUUAACUUCGGGCCAGUGGAGUGUGGGCUCCGUGACUUUUUUGUGCAAUUUUAGUCGUAGGUUUUUAACGAAAUUGAGGAAGCCCAUAUGACUAUGACUGCAUUAUGUUAGACUCUAAAGUGAUAAGGAGUAUGAUCUCGUGAUUUUUAGAAACACCUGGUGACACAACGGAAACGUGUUAAUAGUGUGAUAUUAUUUAAUAUUUUGAUUUGUUUUCUUUUUUUUAUAAUAUAACUUGUUAGAGUUUUUAAAAUUAUUUUUAUUUAAAUUUAAUUUCUGUAAUUCAGAAUAAUGUGUACAUAUAUUUGUUUUUUUUUUUUUUAUAUUGUAUUUAUUGUAUUGUUCCUGACUUUUUUAAUCACAUUUUAGUGUAUUGUUUUAGACAUAGAGUUCCAUUAUAGACUUCAAAUAUCUGUGA